AUGGAGCUGGAGGGUCAGUGGUGGAAAGGCCAACUCGCAGGAGAUAUUCACCAUGCCCUGCGUUACAAGGAGCUGAUGUUACCUGUCUACAAAAGUCAGUCCCCUCAACUGAACCUUAGGCGUUACUUUGCAGACCUUAUAGCUAUAUUGAGCAACAAGUUCAGGCUGUGUCCAGCAGCAAGACAUUUGGCUGUGUAUCUGCUGGACCUUUUCAUGGACCGCUAUGACAUCUCUGUGCAGCAGCUUCACAUGGUGGCCCUUUCUUGUCUGCUUUUGUCUAGUAAAUUUGAGGAGCGAGAAGACAGAGUGCCUAAACUAGAUACCCUGAACAGCCUGGGUUGUAUGAGUUCCAUGAACCUAGUGCUGACUAAACAGGGUCUGUUGCACAUGGAACUGCUUCUGCUAGAAACAUUAAACUGGAACCUGUACUUACCUACUGCUGCCCACUUCAUAGACUACUACCUGUCAGUCGCCGUCAGUGAGAUGGACUUGCAUGAUGGCUGGCCAAUGGUGUGCAUGGAGAAGACGAUGUUAUACAUGAACAAAUAUGCUGAUUAUUUUCUGGAGGUUUCAUUACAGGACCAUGCAUUUCUACAAUUUGCCCCAUCACUGGUAGCUGCUGCCUGUGUGGCUUCCUCUAGAAUAAUCCUCCGUCUGUCCCCAACCUGGCCAGCUCAUCUACAACGCCUGACCACCUACACCUGGGAACAGCUGCUGCCCUGUGUGGAGAGACUGCUUCUUGCCCAUGAUGGAGAUUUAAAGGAAGCCAACAAGCAGAAGUGCAAUCUCCUGCAGCCUGGUUCACAGCCAGUGCAGGCCAUGUAUCCACCUCAAAGCCAGAGUGCCACAGUAGCCCAGUUUGUCCACAGGCCAGCGUUGCAGUAUGCCCAACAGAGCUGCCAACCUGUUCUGGUCUCAGCCCAUGCCCCAGGGGCCUACCUGUCCUCAAUGCAGACUUCUAUCGGUGCUUCCCAAGGGCAGUCACAGACUAUCGAAGUACCACUGGAUGCUAAGAUGAGCAGACCAUUUCAGGUGAACUCGGUGUACUCGUACACAGCGCCAUGCUUUGACAGGUGAUUAAUACAGGUGAUGAACUUAGUGGCUUACUACAAAGUGGAAAAGGUGUUCGUGGGACCUCACAGCGGGAAAGAUAAAACAGAGUUUGUUGCAUCUCAAACUGGUUGACUUGAACUUGUUUUAAUUAAAAAAAUAGAAAAAAAAAUGGACAAUGUGUGAAAUACUGUAAUUACUGGACAAGGUACAGUGUAUUAGAAGGGCCAGUGAUAGCUCAGUGGUUAAGGUACUGGACUAGUAAACAGAAGGUUGCCGGUUCAAGCCCCACCACCACCAAGUUGCCACUGUUGGGUCCCUGAGCAAGGCCCUUAACCCUCAAUUGCUCAUCGUGUUCCACUCAUUGUGUAAGUCGCUUUGGAUAAAAGCGUCUGCUAAAUGCUGAAAAUGUAAAUUAGAACAAUCUUGAGGCUUGCUUGUCUUAUCCUAUUC